CAGAUCUCCCUCCUCGCCGGCGCCGACUUCUGGCGCACAGUCGCCCUCCCGCAGCACGGCAUCCCCUCCCUCAAAACAACGGACGGCCCCUCCGGCGCCCGCGGCGAGUUCUUCAAAAACGGCACGCCGGCCGCGCUGUUCCCUUGCGGAGCCUCUCUAGCCGCGACCUUCGACGCCUCGCUGAUCGCGCGCAUCGGCGCAGCGCUAGGCGAGGAGACGCGAGCGCGCGGCGCCGACAUCCUGCUCGCGCCCACCGUCUGCCUGCACCGCUCGCCGCUGGGCGGCCGCAACUUCGAGUCCUUUUCCGAAGACCCCGUGCUCACGGGCGUGUGCGCCACCGCGUAUGUCAAGGGCGUCCAGGGGACGGGCGUCGCGGCUACCGUGAAGCAUUUUGUCGCUAAUGAGCAGGAGACCGGCCGGAUGGGCGUGGAUAGUGUCGUCGGGGAGAGGGCGCUGCGCGAGCUGUAUUUGAAGCCGUUUGAGAUGGUUGUGAGGGACGCGGGGCCUUGGGCGCUGAUGAGUGCGUAUAAUAAGGUUAAUGGCGUGCAGGCGGACAUGUGUGAGUUUACGUUGGUGGAUGUGCUGAGGAACGAGUGGGGGUUUGAUGGGCUCGUCAUGUCCGACUGGACCGGCACCAACUCCGUCGCCGAGUCCAUAACAGCGCGCUGCGCGCUCGAAAUGCCGGGCCCAACGAAAUGGCGGGGCGAGCGCGCCCUGUCCGCCAUCCACUCCGGCGCCCUAACAGCACAAGCCGUCGACGCCGCGGCGCUGGAUCUCCUGCGCCUCGUGCAGCGCACGCGCGGCUUCCACGGCGCGAACGCCGUCCCCCCGACCCCGAAAGAGCGCGCCGACGACAAAGCCAGCACGCGGGCGCUGAUCCGCGAAGCCGGCGUCGCAGGGCUCACGCUGCUCAAGAACGAAGGCGCCGUCCUGCCCGUCUGCCACGGCGAGCCGGGCCCCGCCGGCAGGAAGACAAAGGUCGCGGUGAUAGGGCCGAACGCGCGGCGCGCGGUUGCCGGCGGCGGCGGCAGCGCCAGCCUCAAUCCGUACUACCUGGUGUCGCCGUGGGAGGGGCUGGAAGCGCAAGCCGCGGACGCGGGCAUCGAGCUGGUGUAUGCGCAGGGCUGCGACACGGCCAAGUGGCUGCCGCUGGCGGGGCCGGUGUGCAGCGUGCGGGACGAGUCGGACGGGGCGGCCGUGCAGGGCGUCACGCUCGAGUACUACUAUGGGGACGGGUUCGAGGGCGCGCCCGCCGCGGUCCAGCACAAGAGCACGACGGACCUGUUUCUCUGGGACAGCGCGCCAGCGGCGGUGCUGCCAGCGUACUCGUUCCGGGUGCGGACGACGCUGACGCCGCGCUCGACGGGCCGGCACAGCGUCAGCUUCUCGAGCGUCGGGCCCGGCCGCCUGUUCCUGGACGGCGAGCUGUUCAUCGACAACUGGGACUGGACCGACGAGGGGGAGGCCAUGUUCGAGGCGUCGGAAGACGUGGUCAAGACGGUGCAGCUGGAGGCGAACCGCCCCGUCGCCGUCCUCAUCGAGAGCACCAACGCGAUCCGCCCCGCCAGCAAGCUCAAGCCCGGCGGGCCCACGCACGCGUACGGCGGCGCGCGGCUCGGCUACCACGAAGAAUCAGGGGCGGACCUACUCGCGGAAGCCGUGGCCGCCGCGCAGGCCGCAGACACGGCGCUCGUCUUCGCGGGGCUAGACGCGGAAUGGGAGUCCGAAGGGUACGACCGGCAGACGCUGGCGCUGCCCAAAAACGGGUCUCAAGACGCGCUCAUCGCCGCCGUCGCCGCCGCCAACCCCGCCACCGUCGUGGUCAACCAGUCCGGCUCCCCCGUCGCCAUGCCCUGGAUCGACGCCGUGCCCGCGGUUCUGCAGGCCUGGUACCAAGGCCAAGAGGCCGGGCACGCGCUUGCGGACGUCCUGCUCGGUCGCCACAGCCCCGGCGGCCGCCUGCCGACGACGUUUCCGCGUGCGUUGGCGCACACGCCCGCCCACGCCAACUGGGGCGCCACGGAAGACGAGCGCGUCGUCUAUGCUGAGGGCUUAGGCGUCGGGUACAGGCACUUUGACGCGCCGGGGGCGGAGGCGCCGCUGUUCGCCUUCGGGCACGGGUUGGCGUACGCGGAGUUUGAGUACGAGGAACUGCGCGUCUCUUCGCCUGCGUCUCCCCACACCUCCUCCUCUUCCUCCUCUUACUCUCCAUCCUCUUCUUCCUCAACAACCCCACCCCUCCCCCUCCUAACCCCAACAACCCCCCUAACACUAACGCAGCAAAUAACGAACACGAGCAGCGUGACAGCGCCCGAAAUCAUCCAAGCCUACAUCCACACGCCGGAUUCGCGCGUCCCCCGGCCAGUGAAAGAGCUCAAAGCGUUCGCGAAGCUGGAGCUCCAGGGGGGAGAAACCCGCUCCGCGGUGCUGCGGCUCGGGCGCGACGCCGCUGCGUUCUGGGACGAGGAGAAGGGGCACUGGGUCGUUGAGAAGGGACGGUAUGAGGUCUGGGUUGGACGGAGUGCGGCGGAUGUGCGACGCAAGGCCGCGUUCGAGGUCAAGGAGACGUUCUCCUGGGUGUUUUAG